UGGGGGUGUAAUUGCCUGUGUCAGGUGGAAGAGAGAGAGGGUAAUGUAGAGUUUUGUCUGUACUCUGGGACAAGGUCGAAUGUUAGAGAUUAAGGAAGCAAAGAGAAGAAAAAAAAAGAGAAAAGCUUUAUGGCUCAUGAGGCUCUCAAAAAACGGCACCGCUCCUCCUCUCUCACUCUUUUUUUAACCUAAACCACUCAAAGUCUUUUCUCCCCAGCCUCAUCUUUAUAAGUAGCACUGCUCAGAGGGAUGGAGAGAGAGAGGGGGAUAUAAGAAAAGGGAGCUUUUGUGUUCUUGUGGGUAAUGUAUUGGAUUCAGUUGCUGUCUGAAGGGUAAAAGCUUUUUGGUUUCCAUUACCGGAGACAGAGCAUAACUAAAAAGGGGGUUUUGAGUUAGUUUCUUGUUCUGUUUUAUGUGUUCUGUUGUGUUUUACUAAUCGAGUUUUUAAGGUUUAUAGAAGUGGUGUUUCUGGUAAAGGUUGGGACUUUUUGAGUGGGUCUUUGUGUUUUAGUGUAAUGGGAACAAGAGCAGAACGUAAUAAGGAAGAUUUUGUUGGUGGGUUGGGUUUUGGAGUUGUAGAACAACACACUCAUAAAGACGUUGUUAUGUUACCGUCUCAUCAUUACCAUUCAUAUUCAUCGCCUUCCUCUGCUUCCUUCCGUCACUGUCCCGCUGGUGGUGUUGGCGACACCAUGUUCUCUGCUUCAAACACUUCUGAAAUGUUCUCCCUCGCUGGUUCUAACUCCGCUGGUUCUGCUGCUUCUGCUGUUUCUGUUGCAGACCCUUUCUUCACCUUGAGCUCCUCAGAGGAGAUGGGAAGAAGCAUGAGUGGAAAGGAAAGUGUAGCUUUCAGUGAAGCUCAAUGGCAGGAGCUUGAGAGACAGAGGAAUAUAUACAAGUACAUGAUGGCUUCUCUUCCUGUUCCUUCUGAGCUUCUCACACCCUUCUCCAAGAACAACCCAUCACACACCAACAACAACUAUCAAGAUGUGGCGAGAGGAGGUUCAUUGAAGCUGGGGAUUAUUGCUUCAAACGCAAGCAACAACAACAGGGCUGAUAUGGAGCCGUGGAGGUGCAAGAGAACAGACGGGAAGAAAUGGAGAUGCUCUAGAAACGCGGUACCUGAUCAUAAAUACUGCGAGAGACACGCACACAAGAGCCGUCCUCGUUCAAGAAAGCAAGUGGAAACACCAUCAUCUCACCACAAUGAGACUCGUCCCACUAAGAACGUUACUAGCCGGUUUGCUGCAUCAGCUUAUCCUCAGUUUUACGGACAGCCCUUAAGCCAGUUCUCUGCGGUUUCUACUACUACUACUCUCCCGCCAGCUUCCUCUUCUUAUGAUCAUCAUCACCAUAGUGGAUUGAGGUGGCUUAUGAAAGAAGGCGACUCAAUAGCAACGUUAAACCAGGAGAUCCAUGAAACUGCUCAGCUGAAGGUUGGAUCAAGCAGAGAGCUCAAACGAGGAUUUGAUUAUGAUCUGAACUACAGACAGAAUGAGCCAUUAGUAGACCAGAGGUUUGGAGCAUUGGAGGGUCUGUUGAGUCCAAACCAAGGAGAGACGGCGAGGCGGUUGUUUGUAGAAGGGGAACAAGACGAAGCAAUGGGAAGCUCACUGACACUAUCAAUGGCUGGAGGAGGAGGCAUGGAGGAAGGUGAGGGAAGAAGCCACCAGCACCAGUGGAUUAGCCACGAAGGACCGGCGUGGAUCUGUUCAACAACAACACCAGGUGGACCAUUGGCUGAAGCACUGUGUCUUGGUGUCUCCAACAACCCGAGUACUAGUACUACUACUACUAGUAGCUGCAGUAGAAGCUCAGGCUAAAAAACAAAAACGACCUCACUUGGUGUCGUUUUUACAAAUCUAGAAUCGGUUUUAGUGAGAUUAGAAAUCAAAACUAUGUUUCAGAUUUAAAGUAUUGGUUCUCAGUGAUUUGUUUGGAAAACUGAGAACACUUUUUAGAUCUUGUGUUAGCUGUUGUUGGGUUUUGCAGAAGCUUUAAACCACCUACCACUACUCUGUAAUGUAAUGUCAAACAUCGGUUUAUUACUUAAAACCACUGGAAAAUCGAUUCAA